AUGAGGAUAAUGAAUAUGGAAACGAGAAGUACUCUCAUCAACACUGGUGACAGAAAGCAGCAACGGGAGAGACGGAGCAUUUGGUCUCCACUGGUCACAUCGGUAGCAUUAAUGCUCCUGAUUCUGAUCCGAUCACUGCCACAAAAUUUUGAUUUUGCAUCCAUUGCCGAACUCUUUUUGGUAGUUCGAAAUACAGUCGUCUCGGCAUCCCAAGCCAAGGCCAUUCCCGCCGUUGUCAGUCGACCCUUUGAAACCGUCUGGGAGGAACCCAAGAGUUCCGCCGAGCUAUUCGACCGUGACACUCGCAUCAUCUGGGCGUAUUGGGACAAGGGCUUGCAAGGAAUGCCGGAACUGUGCCAACAUUCCGUCUUAUCCUGGCAAGUGCGAAAUCCAGAUUGGAAAGUAAUCAUCCUGGACGAUCACAAUUACCAACAGUACGUGUCAGUAUCGGAUCUACCCACCACCUAUUUCAGUUUGAAGGUACAACAUCGCAGUGAUCUCCUUCGUCUGGCAGUUCUCAUUCGAUAUGGAGGUCUGUAUCUGGACGCAUCCACAUUGGUCUUCAAGGGCUUUGAUCAAAUCUGGGAUACUGUGGAAGAAGACAAGCUUAUGCUGACUUCCCUGAAUAAACUGCCUGGAUCUGGAUUGGACCUAUUCAACAAUGGACUAUUGAUGACUAAAGGAACCAACAACAAAGUACUCAAGAUCUGGCAACAGAGAAUCCUAGAAUACAGCGAAGCGCCUGGUUUGACUUUGGCAGCCAUGAAGGAACAUCCCCGAUUCGCCCGAGUGGCAAAUGAUUGGGAUGAUCCAUCCUUGGGUAUUCUGGCAGAUAUGGUACCCUACCACUCCAACUUGUGGAUGUUGGAUGAUCUCAUCUGGAACAAUGACGAAGGAGUUGCCGAGCAUGUACUGCAUCUCCCCAAGUUGCGAUGGGGAUUCUGGUUCCUCGCCUUUCCUCAUUUGAUUACAGAGAGCAAGAGACGGCAGCAAUUAUUAUUGGGCGCUACCGGUACGACAAGCAAUAAUGAAACGAACAUGUUUAUUCCUCCUGUCGAGGAUCCCGACAUGAUCAGCUGGAAACCACUGGGUUUGAUGAGCGCCAUUACAACGAUUCUACCGCUGGUCUUUCAGGAUGAUAGAGACAUGUCUAUGCGCCUAGUGGAGAAUACAAUGGCACUCAAGUUCACAUCGCAUGAUUUGGGUAUUAUUGAGUUUGGUAUGAAGAAGUUUGGUCUGAAACACACACUAGGGCAUCUCUAUGAUUUGGCCGUCAACACGACCUCCUAUCCGAUUCAGCAGGCAACCCUUGAUGGUGCAGAAGCACCGGUGUUGGUGGCCAAGCAAGCAAUCGAGGUGCCACAAUGA